AUGCCAAACACCCUGAGUUUGAUCACAUCUGGAGUAAUCUGUCUCAAAAUCGAUCAGAUUCUUAUUCAUGACAGAAGCACGGUGUCUGACCACGUCUUCAUGCGGACCUUGCGCACGAUUCUGUUCAUCGAGGGCUGCUUGCAGGAUCAAGGGCCCCAGAUGAACACAGAGAGGUUGCUCUGUCUGCUACCCACACCAAAAAUGGACCUCUCUGGCUCAACACCUUACUCACAACCGAGUCAAGACUCGUCACAAGAGAGCGAAUUACCUCAGGGCUCCAGACUCUUGAUCAUCAUCACCUGUUCAAUAGGUGGAGUGCUAUUAUUAUGCUUCGUCGCAUAUGUGAUACGCCAAAUGCGAAGAGGUGCUGCAUUAGUCGACGUUCUCAAGCUUCGCCGUCGUAGUCACGCAUCUCCCUACAUGGCCCGUCCAGAGGAGUAUCCUAUCUACUAUGAGCAGAGGUAUUCAGUGCGAUCGUCGCGGUAUCCUUUGUCGCUCAAAAGCAAGGCCAGAUCGAGCAAGAAUCUUCCAGGUCUACCAGCACCUGUAACUCAAGCAGGGGCCCAGAUGAGCAACAAGCCUCCUAGUAUGCUCAUGGAACCACACAUGGCGUACCUGAAGAGCUCAGAUAAAAAAUAUCUCAAUCGUGCUGGUACCAAGAAGUCUCAAGCAUCAAAUGUUCCGAGCAUUUCGGUGCGUAGUGUUGGAGACGAGCCCAUAUCACCAGUGUCAUCGGCGCAUCAACCGACCCGCUGGAGCUGGACGAACUCAGAGGCACCAUCAACGCCCCGCUUGAACAUUGAACGAAAAAGAACAUCGAAUGGAUCCCUCGUUCCAAGUUACAAGCCCGUCGGAUUCGGCAACGACUACCAGUUGACCUCGAUAAAAGAAGACAGCCUCUCACCUGUGCUGCCGAGAUCAAAUUCUGUGCCUAGAGGUGGAGUACCUGGCAAAGCCCAAGAGUUCUUGGAAACAGGUGGCACUGGCUAUUUGCCACCAAGGGUACCGCCCAAAUCCAAGUCAGCUCCCUGGAAGUCGGUCUUCCGCGGCUGA